ACAAAUAGUCUAGGGUUAAUUAUUGCCGAAAGCAACCCUGAUAUUGUUUACAUUUUUAUUUGCACUAUCGCGGCACGACCAAAAACAAUUCAAAUCACAAGUAUUUUUACGAUUUUCCUUAAGUAAAAGAUAAAACAACGAACGUUAUGUCUGAGGGCGAUAUCAUACCGCCUUUAAGCGAUUCCGAACACAUAGAGGACUUCGAUGAACAGGCGGAUGAGGAAGAACUGAUUACGGCACAGAAAGUGUUGGAAAUUGUGGAAACAGCAUGGCAGAAUGAAUUGUGCGCACCAGAAAUCCUUCAACAUCAAACCGACAUGUUGGAAUUGAUGCAGGGUCAGGUCGCACAUAUGGAGGAGAACAUGAAGGAUUUGGAUAAGAAUGACUUUCGAUUCAUUGUGCAUCAAAUGGAACUGGAACGCAUACGAUAUGUGAUGGCUAGCUAUCUGCGUUGUCGCUUGCAAAAAAUUGAGAAUUACACGCGUCAUAUACUAAAUGAGGAUGAGGCACGAGACGUGUCUGAAAAACGUCUUUCACCAGAAGAAUCAAAGUAUGCGCAGGAGUAUGGGGAUAAUGUGGAGCAAUAUUUCCAACAAGUGGCUUUGCAAUACAUGCCUAAUAUGCAACGUUCAGAGGCCGAACAACGAAUUGUGCGGCCCAACCUAAUGAGUCACGUCUUUAUUAAAGCGAAUGUGGCGGUGCCUGCUGUUGUCGUUGGAGUUGAUGACGAGGAAGUGGAUUUAGCUGCGGGCUCGCCGCACAUAAUACCGUACCAGCUAGUAUCAGAUCUCAUUCAUAAAAAUCAAGCGCAGUUAAUAUAAAUAGAAGUGACUACUUAUUAAUACUUAGUAUAAUUAUAAA